UGGGCAGCCUCUACGUCUGGAAGAGCCACCUGCCCAGGGACCACCCCGCGGUGAUCAAGCGGCGGUUCACCAGCGUCCUCGUCGUCUCCCUCCUCUCCCCCUGCUUCAUCUGGGCCUGGAAAGAGGUGACCGGAGUGAAGCCAGGUCCAUCCCUGUUCGCCCUCAUGGGCUUCCGGCUGGAGGGCAUCGUGCCAGCGACGGUCCUCCCUCUGCUGCUAACCAUGGUCCUGUUCCUCGGGCCUCUGAUCCAGCUGUCGAUGGACUGCCCCUGGGACCUGGUCGAUGGGGUGCGAGUCGCCUUGGCCCCNGGCUUCUGGCUUCUCUGUCUGACCGACAUGCGCUGGCUCCGAAACCAGAUCAUCGCUCCGUUCACGGAGGAGCUGGUCUUCCGCGCCUGCAUGCUCCCCAUGCUCAUCCCCUGCACGGGAUUGGGGCCUGCCAUCUUCACCUGCCCGCUCUUCUUUGGAGUGGCUCAUUUUCACCACGUCAUUGAACAGCUGCGGUUUCGCCAGGGAAGCACCGCCAGCAUAUUCCUCUCUGCAGUGUUCCAGUUCUCGUACACAGCGGUCUUCGGCGCGUACACCGCCUUCAUUUUCAUCAGGACAGGGCACCUCAUUGGGCCCGUUCUUUGCCACUCGUUCUGCAACUACGUCGGCUUCCCGGCGGUGGGCGCCGUGCUGGAGCACCCGCAGCGCCUCCUGGUGGUGUCCUUCUACCUGCUGGGGGUGGCCCUCUUCUGCCUCCUCCUGCACCCCAUGACGGACCCGGCCUUCUUCGGACACUUGCCCAUCUGCUCGCUCUCCAGACUGACCUCGCCCCCAAACAGCCUCGGCAGCUUCGCCCUCUGCUCCUGACACCCGGCUUGGGGGCGGGGGGACUCUUUUCACCCCCCUGGCGUUAACCACUCCGGCACACGGGGCCAUCCUGCACGCCUCGGCGGGAAGGGUGCCGAGCACGGCCGGACCUCCGGCAUCUUGUGGGGGAGAAGCUGCGUCCGAAACCCGUGGGGCAAGCCAAGCCACACCAGCGCCCUCUGCCCUGAGCCACCCAGUCCUUUUUCUAGAUCUGUGGGGCAGGUCGCCUUCUGGGGCCCCCAAAGAGCUCUAUUUUUAUUAUUAAAGUACUUUAAGGAGACAUU